AUGUCUAGAUACGAGGUGAAAAUGAUGAUGCAACAUAUUGUUGACGAUGAUAUCAUCAAUGCGGGUGUAUCUUCACUUAGCACAAAGUUGGCCAUACGUCUCGGUUCAUUGUACCAUGUUCAUUACGUUGUCUUUUUCGGAAACCGUACAACAGAGUCCCCAGUGGAGAAAUUCGACUUCUACAUUGGUUGUUACAGAAACUUGUUCAGAAGCGUACUUAUAGGAUUGGUUUCCAACAUAAACGAAUGUCAAAAGCGUUGCUUGGAAAUCUCGUUCAAAUUUAGUGCCACUGGUGACGACGGGUGUAGAUGCGUUAAUUUAUUCUUUGGUAAAGUUAGGAGUGCCUUGUGCACUGGGCCAUAUGUUGACCCAAAUUUUGGAGUUUUUGUAGGCAGGGCUGGAACUUACGCUAUUUACAGAGUUGAAAGGAAGCUAGUACCUAAUUUCGUCUGCAAGUGCGCUCCAAUUGGGGAAAGAAUAUCACCAAUAGCAGACUUUUUCACACGAGAACCAGGGGCUUGCUUAUCUGCCUGUCGGAGCCACAGCACUUUUUUCCUAACGCUGACGUUCAAAACACAUCGACCUAUGAACCACCACACUUUGGUAACACGACUGCGUGGUCAUGUUUGCGGGGAUGGACUGGCACGUUUUGCGAUAAAAGAAGUAAAAGGCUCAAAUAUAAAGAAAAUAAAUUUCAGCCUGCCACCUCUACAAGUAGCCUGA